AUGGAGGCCGAGCGGAGGAGCGACCGCGAAGGGGACUACGGUGGCUGGAUGGCGGCGGGCUCGUCGUCGGGGGCGAUGGUGCGGCGGGAGACGAGGAGGUCGGAGGUGGGGUUGGAGAAGUCAUCGUCGUUGCCGCCGCCUUUGCCCAAGGAGGCAGUCAAGAUUGACAAGAAGAAGACGAAGAAGAGGAGUGACUACAGUAUCGAGGAUAUUCUGAAGAUUCUUGAUAUGAGCGAGGAGGAGUUGGCUGUAGUGAAGGAGGAGUGGGCUGAAAUGGAGGCGAAGGAAAAGGAAGAGGCACCAAAGGUGAAGGAAACCAUGGUGGAGUGGGAGGCGAGGGUCAAGAAGAGGAUUGAGGAGGAGAACAAAGCAUAUCGAGAGAUGAUGCGGUCGCAGGACGACGAUGAAUCCUCCUGGGACGCUAUCCAGUAUCGCAAAUCCUGGAACGCUAGAUGGUCCGGCACCCGUGGUUCCUUCGAGGACACCACGAGAAUACCCCCCAUGCGUUUCACCCACAAGCCUGCACUGGAUUACAGUGCCGCUGCCACGCCUACUCUGCAGGUCUUCUUCGUCAAGGUUGCAGUGGCAAAGGGGGCCUUACAGUGGCCACUUGAUGUGUUUGGUAUUGUUGCCAUGCGCGAUGUUCUUGACCGUAAUCGCAACAUUGUCUUCCACCGCACAAGGGACAACUGCCAGACCCUCACUGAAGAGGACCGGAAUUUGGUACUGGUAGGCCCUACCCGUGCUGUUGCGCUGUGGAUGCCGGAACCUGUGAUCAUCGAUGUGGAACUAAAAGUGAAGGGCACUACUGAAUCUGAGGAUAAAGGCUUGAGCAAUCUAGCUGUGCCGCUCUUAUGCGAUGAUACGAGUUAUUCGUACACUAGCAAGCUAAGCACACUGGAGUUUAGACUUGGCUAUAUUACGUCCUCUGUUGAGGCCACAAUAUUCAUACGAGUCAUUCAGGGGUCAUGGCCUGAUGGUUUGAGUGCUCAAUUUGCUGCCUUUACCACUGGUUUCUAUGGCAAGGGUAUGGCCUGUCGAGACAGCAAUAUGAGUAUUGAUGAUGAGAGAAUUGUCCUGCUUGAUUCUAGAGGUGAGAAAGUAGUUGUUACUAGUGAUGGCAAUAUCAAGCUUUCACGGCGUGUUGUUUCUGUUGAGAGUAACACAGAGCUGAAAGUUUCUGUCAAGGCAUGGAAAGCUGACAACAAUGUCGUCGAAAAUGAGAAUGUUUUCACAGCAUUAGAAGCUGGUGUAAGCUAUGCUACACUUGACAUUGCCUUUUGUAAGCUGGAAAUCAGUGUUGCCUGGUCACUCAUUUCGCAGUAUCCUGUUUCUGCCAACUCGGUACUGUAG